UCAUCCAAAAUGAAAUAUCUAAUUGUCCUGGCUGCAUUAUGUGCCCUGGCCUUGGCCGCCCCAACAUCCGAUCACGAGCAUCAUGCUGAAAUUGUUAAAUUGGAUUCUAGUGUUGAUCAUGAUGGCUAUCAUUUUGAAGCUGAGACCAGUGACGGCACCUCCUUCCAAGAAGAAGGUAAACUUAAGGACUUCCCCGGCAAUGAACAUGAGCAUGAAGACCAUAAAGCCAUUGUUGUCCACGGCAGUUAUUCGUGGAAGGAUGAGCAUGACGGCAAAGUUUACACCGUUGAAUAUGUUGCCGAUGAGAAGGGUUUCCAACCCAAGGGUGAACAUAUCAAAUUGAAUUGAUC